UAAACUCAAACUGUGAAUUGAAAUAACCUAUCACACAGUAACGUUAUCUUCAACAAGUGCAUACAUAUAUAUAUAGUUUUUGUUGUGUGGUGAUGAUGUCGUUGAAAGUUGCGGCAGUGGCGGAGAAGCUGCCGGAGGUGUUGGUGCGGGCGUACGAUGAGGAGAGAGACAAGGCGGCGGUGGAGGAGCUAGAGUCACGGUGCGAGGUCGGCCAAGAAGGGAAGCCCCGCCUCGUCGUUGAUCUCUUGGAUGAUCCUAUUGGUCGUGUUCGAAAUGCUCCCUUACAUCUCAUGAUGGUUGCGGAGCAUGGGAUAUCGAAAGAAAUCGUUGGAGUUAUAAGAGGUUCUAUUAGAACUGUGACCAGAGGAAAGAAGGGCAAGAAUGAUAAUUCUGAUUACGUGGACGUUGCAUAUAUCCUUGGCCUAAGGGUUUCAUCACAACACAGGCGGCUUGGGAUCGGAACAAAGCUUGUCCAAAGCUUGGAAAAUUGGAGCAAAAGCAAUGGAGCUGAGUAUAUUUACAUGGCCACAGAUUGCAGCAAUCAAGCAUCCAUAAACUUGUUCACCGGAACGUUGAACUACGUUAAAUUCCGAACCCCAUCGGUCUUAGUACAGCCCGUUCACCGUCACAAGAAGCCGUUAGGGUCCGACGUGGCCGUCGUUAGGGUUCCGGCGAAGCUAGCCGAGUCCUACUACCGCCGCGUCUUCGACGGCUCAUCGGAGUUCUUCCCCAAGGACAUUAACCUAGUCCUCAACAACAAACUAAACCUGGGCACUUUCAUGGCUGCCCCAAAGGAAAGCCUCUCAACUUGGGACCCCGACAGUGGAGUUUUCCCGCCCAAUCAUGCGGUUCUAAGUAUAUGGGACGCUAAGGAAGUGUACAAGGUUCAAUUGAAGGGUCUGUCGGGGUUGAAACAGGCUUGCUUUUUGGGGACUAGGGUUUUGGACAGGUUAAUCCCGUGGCUAAGAUUGCCUUCUGUCCCUAACGUGUCCAAGAAUUUCGGGUAUUAUUUCUUGUACGGGCUUCGCAUGGAAGGUAAUAGUGGUUCGAAGAUGAUGGAAUCGCUGUGCUCUUUCGCGCACAACGUGGCUAGAAAGGAUCGCCGAGGUUGCGAGUUGUUGAUAGCGGAGGUUAGCCCGGAUGACCCUGUCCGGAGGGGAAUCCCGCACUGGAAGAAUUUUUCGUGGCAAGAUUUGUGGUGCAUCAAAGAGUUGGGUUUAGUUGGGGAUAAUGAUGAUAAUAAUAAGGCGGCUAACAUCGUCCAUGGUUCCUCGGAGGGUUCUUCGAUUAUGUACCAUGAUUCUUCUUCUGCUCUCAUUUUUGUUGAUCCUCGCGACAUUUGACCGUCCUCGUCUUUAUUUCAUGUGCAUGCAAUUUGUGUACUUAUUAGUUAAUUUAGCAGCUUAUUAGUUGGUUGUGUAGUUUGGUAAGUGAGGGAGCUUCUUAUGCCCAAUGUUAAAAUUUAUAAUUCAGUAACAAGAAGUGUAAUAGUUUUCUUAAAAA